GAAGAAAAUGACUUAUUGCAAAAAAAUUGAAGAAAACAAAUAUAGAAAACUUCGCCAUUUUUCAUCGUCCGACACGUCCAGAAGAAAAUCAAACAACUCUCUCACACUCUUGUCCUUACGAGGUGAGUUAGGUAGUUACGUUUCAUCAUCCCAUUUAAGUCAAUUUUCAGUUGUCAUCUUCACCAUUCUCUAAGCAUGCCACCAACGGCAAAAAUCAGACACCAGUUUCUCGCAUUUUACUUCUCCAACAAAUCAUCAAUCAAAUCGCCCCGUGUCAUUAUCUCGGGGGUCAAUUUCAUCAGAAAUGGAGGUCACUCACCACUAAAUCCCAAACUUUUUUGUGGGUUCAUCUCAAUUCUCAAACAUUCAUGGAGGAAAGAAUAGAGACCUCCAGAGUUUUCCUUUUCUUCUUUCCCCUUUCCCACUAGCCACGCUGACUACAGUGGAAGUGGUUACUCUACUGAGUACUGAGCACUUUCUGGCUCGGCUAAUAAUAUACUUUAGAUUCCGUAUUGAAAGAAUAACACUUUUUGGAAUUUGUGCAAUUAAGCAGAGAAACAAUGGGGAUUGAAGUGGAGGAAAAUCAAGACAUGGUCAAGGAGCCUCUCCUUAAAAAAAACACUUCACAUCCCAAGGGUGGUUUCAGGACCAUGCCCUUUAUCAUAGGUAAUCCGAUGUUUGAUUCAACUGGGCUUGUAUUUGUUCAAUUUCAUAACUUUUUUUUUUUUCUUCAAUGUUGUAGUGUAGUUUUUGUAAUAAUAUCAUAAUUUUAGCUCCAAGAUUGAAUCUUUAGUGUUUAUUUGUUGUUGUGAAAGCGAAUGGGAUGCUGGAGAAGUUGGCGUGUUUUGGCCUAAUGCCAAAUAUGACUCUGUACUUGAUGAAGCAAUAUCGCAUGGAGAUGGCCUCUGCAUCCAAUGUUCUGUUUUACUGGACUGCAGCUACGAACUUCCUGCCGAUUCUUGGUGCAAUUCUUGCAGAUUCUUAUGUUGGCCGGUAUUAUAUGAUUGGAUUCGGUUCUGCUAUUAGCUUCCUGGUAAAUUUUCUCUACAUUCAGCAAUUUGUUUGUUUUAGAAGUGUUUUGUCUUUGUAAUAAUAUCGACAAAAAAAGUUAGGUAAAUGUUAAAGGUAACUAUUUUCUGUUGUUGAAAUAAGGUGGUCAUCAUCUGGUUUCUAUGGUCAUACCUAAUUGUUAAAUCCUUAGGGGAGCAAUAGAUUUGGCUUUCCUUCUUUAUUCUGGGUCAUUGGGCUUUCAUCAUUAUCACUUUACUUUUGGUUUGGAAGUCUUCUGGUGUUUUGAGAACAACUGUUAGUAAUGCCUACCCUGAGUGACUGUUUUCACAUUUUCUUUUAGAACUGGUAGGUUCGAUUCAUCGUUCAAAGUGGGAAAUUCCUGGAUUUCAAUAAUAUGCCUGUUAAAGAAUAAACAUUUAUGGCAUGAUUUUGGAGGGAAAUUCAAGAAUACAUCACUUUUUGUCACUCGUUUUGGGAUAUAUUGUAAUGAACCUCUAGACCUUGUAGUCCCGAGUCUCUCUGGGAAGAUAGAGGAAAAGAAAGAUGAAUAAUUUGUUGGUAAGUCUAUAAGCUUGUGGUUUGGAAAUUUUUCCUCCUUAGAUGUUGAAGGUCAAAUCUCCAACGAGAAAAGUUUGGUUUAUUUCCUGAAUGUUUUACCAGAUUCUACCUUUUGGGUAUCAGAUUGAUCACAAUAUAGAAUUCGCUAAAUGUUUGUGUAAAAAACCUAAGAUAGAUAGAUUUCAUUGCGAAUAAUAAGAUCGUUGCUCUUGCUGCAUGGUCGUAACAAAAUAUAAACUUCUGAAUAAGUAUCUGAGUACAAUUUAUUCAUGAAGGGGAUGAUUCUUUUAUGGUCAACGACUUUGAUUACACAAGAAGCGACUCUGCCAAAUGAUGAUUCUAUUACAAGUUACAGCAAACCAACGGUUCUUCAACUCUUAAUCUUAUACACCUCUUUUGGGCUCAUUUCCAUUGGAGGUGGGGGUCUCAGGUCCUCUUCCUUGGCGUUUGGAGUCGAUCAAUUGGAAAAUGGAGAUGAUCACCAAAGUAUUGGUUUAAUGGAGAGAUAUUUUAGCUGGUACUAUGCUUCCUUCACAGGAUCGCUUCUCGUUGCCUUGACCUUCCUUGUGUAUAUCCAAGAAAAUUUGGGAUGGUCAUUUGGUUUUGGAGUAUCUGCAGUACUUAUGUUCUUUGCAACUUUGUCUUUUUUCCUCGGUUCUCCCUUCUAUAUUAAAGUAAAGGCGAAAGCAAGCUUCGUAAUGGAAACUGUUCAGGUGAUUGUGGCCUCUUUUAGAAAUCGAAAUCUCAAGUUGUCAUCAAGUGGGAUGGAUAUCGUGUUCCAUCAGAAGAGGGGUUCAGAACUGGCUUUUCCAAGUGAAAAUUUGAGGUUUCUGAACAAAGCUUGCAUUAUUAGAGAUCCUCAGCAAGAUUUAACUGCUGAUGGAACAGCUACAAAACCCUGGAUUCUUUGCACAGUGGAUCAAGUCGAGGGUUUUAAAGUAUUAAUUAAGGUUUUACCUAUAUGGUCCACGGGGAUGCUAACAUUCAUAAAUAUUAGCCAAAAUUCCUUCUCUAUACUUCAAGCCAGUUCCAUGAACCGUAAGAUCGUUGGAAAUUUCGAAAUUCCAGCAGGUUCUUUAGGCAUAACUACAGUUGUUUCUUUGAUAAUAUGGGUUGCAAUUUAUGAUCAAGCAAUCAUUCCCAUUGCUUCAAGAAUUAAGGGGAAACCUGUUAGCUUAAACACCCGAGAAAGAAUGGGAAUUGGAAUAUUUCUCUCUUUCUUGGCGAUGGUAGUCACAGCAUCUGUAGAGUUUGUCCGUAGAAGAAUUGCCAAUGACCAAGGCCUUUCAGAUGAUCCACAGGGAACAGUUAAUAUGUCAGCAUUAUGGCUUUUGCCUCAAUAUUGCUUAUUGGGUGUUGCUGAGGCUUUCAAUGCAAUUGCGCAAAAUGAAUUUUACAUGUCAGAACUCCCGAAAAGCAUGUCCAGUAUAGCUUCCAAUCUAUGUGGAGUUGGGAUAUCGGUGGCAAGUUUAUUAGCGAGUUUUCUGAUGAGUAGUAUCGAUGACUGGACGAAGAGAGGAGGCCAGGAGAGUUGGAUAUCUAGUAAUAUCAACAAAGGUCAUUAUGACUACUACUUUUGGGUUCUUUCAGGACUAAGCAUUGUAAACUUCUUGUAUUUCCUGAUCUGUUGCUGGACUUAUGGACCUUAUAGAAGUGAAAAGGAAAAGCAUGCCGAUGAAGAAGCUUUGUUGCAGUAGUAGACAUCCAACUUACUUGUGCAGUCAUGUAUAAGAAAUGCAUAGAAGAUGUACGUAGGAGAAGACUGUAUAAGUGUAUAUGAUCUAUCAUAAGAUCCUUAUCUUUGUGAACCACAUCGGAAACCAGUGUAUAAGAUCUUGGUAGUUGUUGAGCCCGCCAAGCUAAGCGGUCAAGGACAAACAAUGAACUGGUUAAUAAGUAUAACCUAAGUAAGUAUAAUCGAAAUAAGAUAAGAUAAAAAUUCUAUGUAAAUGUUUGAAUGUAUAGAAAGACAAAUGUGAUUCAAGUUUCGGGUUUUGUAUUGGUUCAACUUUGAGUUUUAUAUGAAAGAGAGUUUUUAAGUGUUGGUUUGAAAAUUAGUUCAAUGAGUUUGGCUGACAGGUAUGAGUGAUGCCACAGUCGAGGAAUAGAUGAACUAAAUGGAAAAGCAUAUAUCAUUGUUCCUUUUAACGUCAAGUACUGACAUCGGUAUGCAUCAUUGUACAGGUUUCCAACUUGUACACCCCCUCCCCCCCCCCCC